GAAAUGUCCUGCUACGACCUCUGCCCCACCACCAAUGGCAUCGCUGUCCCCCAGCCCCUGGCUAACAGCUGCAACGAGCCCUGUGUCCGCCAGUGCCCUGACUCCACAGCCCUGAUCCAGCCACCUCCAGUCGUUGUCACCUUCCCCGGCCCCAUCCUCAGCUCCUUCCCCCAGCAAGCCGUGGUGGGCUCCUCCGGAGCACCCGCCUUUGGGGGCUCCCUGGGGUUGGGGGGACUUUAUGGCUCUGGAAACCUCUACGGUGCUGGGAGCUCUCUGGGCUAUGGGGCUCAGUAUGGAUACGGGAGCUCAGCCCUCUCCACACUGGGGAAUGGCUACUGGGGCCCCUACUCCUCCCGCCGGUACAGCCGGCUCCUCCGUGGCAGCUGUGGACCCUGCUAAGGGAGGACAGUGCAGACCCAGCAGAGGGAUGGCCUCAGAAGAUCCACAAAUGAAGACCCAAACCCACAGCAACGAGGUCCAGCAUUCCCACAGCCCUGCAAUGGAGCUACUGCCACUUAGCAUUUCUGAUCUUUUUUCUAUUUUUUGCUUACCCUUCAGUUUCUAGUUUGUUGUUUGCUCUUGUU